AUGUCAGGCGAGGGCCAACCGCUGAUUGCACGCGGUGCAUCCCAGAGUGUAGAUGUGGCUUGUGAUACGCAGGGGUUUUUCGAAAAUGCAAAGGCGCAUUUCUUGGCGUUGUGGCCGUCGCUCCAGCUCCUUGCUGUGCCGCAUUUGCUGGGCCUCAUCUUAUCGGCAGCCACGCCAUCUGAGGUGGAUGCGAUGCGCUCUUUGAGCUGUGCACAUUACUACUAUCUAUAUCCGAUCCCGGGGUACGGCCAGGAUCCGAAUACAGUAGACACGACAAGCUGUGCGGCGCCCGCAGUUGAAGUGCAUUUUAACUCGCUCAUGACACGCAUCACCUUUACUGUUGUUCUGUCCAACUUCUUCGGCAUGCUCUUGUACGGCCGCCUUUUUAAGCACAGCAACCGCAAAUGGUUUGCGCUUAUGGGGCUGCUUGGGUGCGCAUUGGCGCGCAUUCCUCUGCUGUUCCUGCCAUUGUACCAGUACCCUUAUUUGGCACCCUACUCUGUGCGUGCAAUGUCUCCCGGAACGAUGUUGUGGAUCUACUGGGGCUGCUCGAUUUUGGGCGGCAUUUCUGGCGCUGCGGAAAUCGUCACGCUGGCAAUGGAAUCGCUCGCUGUUGAUAUUCAAAGCCCGGAAAAACGGUCGCAACUCUUUGCCAAAUUUCAAAUUGCACAGCUGCUGGGCGCAAGCAUGGGGCCCAUGCUUGGAAGCUUGGUGAAUUGGACGUUCCCGCGCAUGGCAAAUACGUGCUUUGGCUACGACCACUGUAUUACGAACAAUAGUACAAAUUCGCCCCAGCGCGGCGCGCAAAAAUACCUCUUGUUCAACACGGCAUCCUAUCUGCUUGCCGUAGUUUUUGCGCUGCUUGGCGCGCUAUGGGUCAUAUUCGUGGUGAAUUUCAGCACGCGAGAAACCUCCUCUUCCAUGCCCAACUGCGAAAUGUGCCAAACGGAGGACAUAAACAGGCAGUCGAAGCGUGCUGUGAAUCCGCCCAAGUAUGCAUGGCUGGGCGCGUUCCAGCGACUGUUACCUGUACGCAUUGGCCGUCGCAGGUACGACUGCCGCGUCCUGCAAUUCACAUUUGUUGAAAUUUGCACAGCACUCAUGAACGAGGGCGUCGUGGUCUUGAUUUUCGAGCUUGGAUUUGUGUUCCAUUGGGGCCGCGACCUGAUUGCAGCAGGCUUGACUAUAUCCAACUCGCUGCGUUUGUUUGCCAUUGCGCAAGGUCUUCCUCUGUUGGUGACGUUUGUGCGCACGCACUCCAAGAAACCUGCGUCCGUCCAGCAUCUGUCGAAUGAGCAGCUAAGAGCGUGCAUCGCGAUGAGUGAUUCAGACGUGCGCAGGCUUCCAAACUGUUGCCCGAGCUACCAGGCGACGGAGGAGUCGCAACUCUUGCGCCAAGUGAGCAGCGAUCAGAGAACGUUGGUCCGCCUUUGGCGCGCACAAGUCGACUUGUACGCCGCGCAGUUCUCAUAUUUCACCAACGCCAUUUCCUGGCUGCUUAUUGCAGUGGGCGUUACCAUCCAGUGCGAAUAUACUGUGCUUUUCGGCGCCGUCUUGCUCACCGCCGGCUCCGGCGCGCUGCCGAUGCUUCGCAGUGCGGGCUGCACGGUGACGGAUCAGAUUGUCGAGGAACAGGGUUCUGCAGCGCUUCCUCUGCGACAAAGACGCGAACAAAGCGCCGCGCCACAGGCUGCGUUGCCCGACGGCGCGGACAGCUACUUGGUCAUUGUCUCUACUGUACUCUUGCCAUGCCUAUUGAUCGGAUUGAUUGUGCGAAACUAUGUAUAUGGUGCCACCAUUGACUCGUUUCCAGGCACAUUUUUUAUUAUCGUUGCCGGCCUUAACGUCGCGGCCUAUUUCACAUUGUUGUUCAUGCGCCCGCCCACCAAGCUGAUGCGCGCCUGA